GCGCUCGGGUGCGUUUAGUCAACCUGGUGGCGCCGGAGAACCAACUGUUGGCGGAGCAAACUCGUCGCGUCGGAAUUGCGGAUUGUUGGAGUAGAAGGAAAGGGAAUAAGAAAGAAAAACAGAAACAUAAAAAAAGCGACUCGCGCGAUCCGACAACACGGCGACCGAUCCCAAGUUAUCUUAUUGUUAGUGGGCUAGUGUCGGGAUUUCCCAAUUGUGUGUUUCAAGUAAACACGCGGCGGGCGGGUGCGCGCGUUCUGUGAACUGUAUACGAAAUCGCAACAGGUCGUUAAAACAGGUGGUACACAAUGGUGACCAAAGAUCCGAAGAUGGUUACCGCCAUGGAGUUGAUGAACCCGUACGAGAAACCGCCUAGCAUGUCGGCCAGUCAAACUAUGAGGACCUUUCUGUACAAUCGUGAGACCGGCGCAUUCAUGGGCAGGACCGCUAGUAGCUGGGGUAAAAUCGGACUGUUUUACUUGGUAUUCUACGGCGUUUUAGCAGCGCUUGUUGCCAUUUGUUUUUGGGGUUUCUUUCAAACGCUCGAUCCAAGAGUACCACGGUGGCAGCUCGACAGGUCCAUCAUUGGAACAAAUCCAGGACUAGGAUUCAGGCCGAUGCCACCGACGGAGAAUGUUGAGAGCACCUUGAUUUGGUACAAAGGUACCGAUAGCGAAAACUUCAAACACUGGGUUGAUUCACUUCAAAUUUUUUUAAAAGAUUAUAUAACACCUGGAUCUGUUCUGGGUCUCGGUGCUAACAUCAACAAAUGCGAUUACAAUCAGCCACCGCCGCCUGGAAAAGUCUGCGACGUCGACGUGAAAAACUGGCAUCCGUGCACCAAGGAAAACAAAUACAACUAUCACAAGUCCGCCCCCUGCAUUUUUCUCAAGCUGAACAAGAUUUACGGCUGGAGACCAGAUUUUUACAAUGAUACCGAAAACUUGCCGGAGAAAAUGCCACUUGAUCUCAAGGAGCACAUCGCGAGUCUAAAAGGAAACAAUUCUCUACAGCUGAACACAAUUUGGGUGUCUUGCGAGGGUGAAAAUCCCGCUGAUCAGGAGAACAUCGGACCAAUUAACUACAUGCCGCGACGCGGUUUUCCCGGUUAUUUUUAUCCUUACGAAAAUUCCGAGGGUUACUUAAGCCCGUUGGUUGCAGUACACUUUGUCAGACCGCGAACUGGAAUCUUGAUAAACGUGGAAUGCAAAGCGUGGGCGAAAAAUAUUAAGCACAGUCGUACCGACAAAAUUGGCGCGGUUCACUUCGAGUUGAUGAUAGAUUAACGAAAUCUACAAAUAGCCUUCGGCUAUCCUACGCCGUCUAAACCAAAAUUAACGAGUAUCCUCGAGAUAGCCAUUUAUCGGGUGAAUCUUCACCUUUCCAAAAAUAAAAUCGCGAACGAACGAAGUUAACGACACGUCAAUUUUUCGGACAACAUUAAGCGAGCACAAAACCAGAAAGUGCUCCUAUGCGAUAAACGUUUCUUCGAGAUUCUAAACCGUAUGUAUAUUGUGUAUCAUGUGCCGGGAUGAAAAUUGCAAACUUUUGAACGGUUGCAUUAUGUGCGUAUGCUGUGGAACGUAUGUGAAUUGAAAACGAAGCGCGAUCAGAAUUUUCAGGUGACUCAUCAUCAGAUUACUUUUUAUCUAGAACAUCUGUCUUCCACACAUUGGAUCUGCCGUUUGAAACUUGAUACAUUUUUUUUAUAAUGUGUGUGUGUAUUCGCUAUUUUUAAAAAAUGUCUAAAGACUAUCUACACACUAUAUUCGCAUCACAACACAAAUGAUUUUAUU